AUGAUUCAUUAUAAUUUUAUUCACUCCCCCUAUUUUGACACAAAUGCUGCCGUACACAGGGAUUUGCAUAUUUCCUUAUCUCGCUUAAGAUACUUGAAGGUGACAAUGCAAGAAGAUUUGAAGGUGACAGUACAAGAUGAUUCAGAUGAUUCAAAUGAUGAUUCAGAUCAUGAUACUGAUUUCGAGACUGGAAUUUUUGUUAAAACAUCAAUACCUGCGUUUUUUAUGGGUUUCAACAUUGGUUCACGGGAUGCUGCUCAAUUGGUUGCGUUGGUUACUGGUAGUAAUCUACUUUGGGUUCAGUGCAAACCUGGUAUAGGCGGCAAUAGGACAUUCUAUAAAAACUAUUGGCCUGGGGAGUCUUCAAUAUAUGCUGCUAAUGUGAGGUGCGAGGACUUUUGUUCAUCUACUCCAUUAACAUGUAUUCCAACACCCACUCUCUGCUGGUAUGUAUUGAAAUAUUUGGGUGAAGUCGUUGACCGUGGAAAUCUUGCAUUUGAACGAUUUAUUUUCGGUUCAUCAUUUGACAACCAACCAGCGCAUGAGUUAAAUCCGUUAUUUGGAUGUACUAGAAAAAAUAGCUACAUAGACAAGUUCAAUCGUGUCUUGUGGCUUGGCCCUUCUGGAAUCUCAUUAGCUUCACAACUGGAUAGUAGUGAGUUCUCAUAUUGUAUUGGAAAUUUAAACGAUCCAUUUGGUGAAAAAAAUAUACUAAUCAUAGGGAUAAAGUCCGGAGGAGUUGAAAAUUAG